AGUUCUUCUAUGUGUACACUCUCAAACUUAGCUCAAAGAGUUUGUAUACAAAGGAGGAGCCACGACAUCGGUGGUGGAUAUCGGUCGUUGCCAUGAUGAAGAACGUCUAUUUGUUACGAGUGUUUUUCGAGAAGUUCAAGCCACACAUCCUCAUAAUUCUAACCGAAUUUGGCUACACAUUUUUGUAUUUCUUUACGGAUGCUUCCUUCAAGCAUGGUAUGAAUCCUCACAUCCACGUUACUUAUCGACAAAUCGUUGCUACCAUCGCUUUGUUUCCCUUUGCUUAUUUUCUCGAAAGAAAAUCAAGACCGAGGAUCACGGUGGCAUUAUUCUUAGAGAUUUUUGUUCUUUCACUUUUCGGGACGAGUUUGAGUCAAAACAUGUACUACUCAAGCAUGAGAUACACAUCUCCUACCUUCCUCUCAUCAAUGGUUAACACUAUAGCUUGCUUGACAUUCAUAAUUGCAGUAAUGUUCAAAUUGGAGGCUGUUGACCUUCGAAAUCCAAGAGGAAUAGCCAAAGUGUUGGGGACAUUGGUUUCAUUGGGCGGUGCGAUGGUAAUGACUUUCUAUAAGGGACCCAUCAUUACAAAUCUGUGGCAUCCCUUAAUCCAUAUGCAACACACAGCUACUCAUCAUGUUCAUGAGAAUUGGCUUAAGGGUUCGGUUCUUACUGUUUCAAGCUGCAUUUCUUGGGCCCUUUCCUACAUUAUGCAGGCAUUUACAUUAAAACGAUACCCGGCUCAGCUAUCAUUAACGACAUGGAUGAACCUGAUCGGAGCAGCACAAACAGGCGUGUUCGCACUGUUGACACAACACAAGCCAGGAGUUUGGAAGGUUGGAAUCAACAUUGAUCUAUGGUGCAUUAUGUAUGCUGGCAUUGUGGGCUCAGCGUUGGUGGUGUAUAUACAACUUUGGUGCACUGAAAAAAAAGGCCCAGUUUUCGCCACCAUGUACAGUCCACUUGGUGCCGUUUUGGUUGCGCUUUUGGCUUACUUUGUUCUUGGACAAAGGCUUUACGUCGGCAGCAUUGUUGGUGGAGUUAUCGUGUUGGUUGGGCUUUAUUUAUUGUUAUGGGGCAAAGAAGAUGUACAUAAGCUUCGAGAUGAGUCUAUCGCUAGUAAUCAUGUUUCACACGAUGAGCCUUAGUUCGCAUGCUCGUGGAAUAGAUUAUCAUUGAACGUUUCUUGUUUAGGGAAGAUUUUUCUGAUGCAAAUUCGAGUAUGACUUGUCAGACGUUUAGAUGGAAGCUUCGGAAGAUCUUGAAUGGAGUUAUGAAAGGUGUUUCGAAAGGAAAUAUGGAUGAAUUUUUCGAUAA